UCGUGGUUGGCCAGCCGAGCGGGCGGAGGGCGUGGGGAGGCGAGCGCGGGGCUGACCAGGCCCAACAGGCCUCCUUCCUCCCUCACAGCCUUCCUCCCUCUUGGCCCGCCAGCCAUGCCGCUGCUGUUCCUGGAGCGCUUCCCGUGGCCCAGCCUGCGCAGCUACGCCGCCCUCAGCGCCUUGGCCCUCCUGGGCAGCGCCCUCAGCGCCUACCGCGCCCUCCAGGCCGGCGAGGCCGGGCCAGGCGGCGGGGAAGGCGGGCGCGAGGAGCAGGAAAGGCCGCGGCGCCAAGAGGCCUCCGCAGAGACACCGGGCCCCUCCGCCCUCGACGUGGCCGCCUUCCUCCUCUCCGACAGCCUCUGCGUCUGGGUGCUGGUGAAUACGGCAUGUUGUAUUCUGAUGCUCAUUGCUAAACUCAUACAGGGAAUCGUGUUUGGCUCUCUCCGAGUCAGCGAAAGGCAGCAUCUCAAGGAUAAGUUUUGGAAUUUCAUCUUUUACAAGUUCAUCUUUAUUUUUGGAGUACUCAAUGUCCAGACGGUCGAAGAAGUGGUCAUGUGGUGCCUCUGGUUUUCAGGCCUCGUAUUUUUACACCUCAUGGUUCAGCUGUGCAAGGACCGGUUUGAAUAUCUCUCCUUCUCCCCCACGACCCCCAUGAACAGCCACAUCCGAGUCCUGACCUUGCUGGUCGCCAUGCUGCUUUCUUGCUGCGGCCUUGGCAUCGUGUGCGGCGUUAUCGGCUAUACCCACGGGAUGCACACCUUAUCCUUCAUGGCUGCAGAGUCUCUUCUUGUCACCGUGAGAACAGUGCAUGUGAUCCUGCGUUACGUCAUUCAUCUCUGGGAUCUCAACCAUGAAGGCACCUGGGAAAGCAAGGGAACAUAUGUUUAUUACACAGAUUUCAUCAUGGAGCUAACGCUUCUGUCGUUGGACCUGAUGCAUCACAUUCACAUGCUGCUGUUUGGCAACAUCUGGCUGUCGAUGGCCAGCUUGGUGAUCUUCAUGCAGCUGCGUUACCUGUUCCAUGAGGUUCAGCGCAGGCUUCGCCGCCACAAGAACUACCUCCGGGUGGUUGGGAACAUGGAAGCCAGAUUUGCAGUGGCAAGUCCCGAAGAGCUGGCUGCGAACAACGACGACUGCGCCAUUUGCUGGGAUGCCAUGCAGGCUGCGCGCAAACUCCCCUGUGGGCAUCUUUUCCAUAACUCAUGCCUGCGCUCCUGGCUUGAACAAGACACGUCCUGCCCCACCUGCAGAAUGUCCCUCAACAUCACCGACACGCACCAGGCGCGGGAGGACCACCAGCGGGAGAACAUGGAUGAAAACCUGGCUCCUGUGGCCGUGGCGGAAGGCAGGACACACCUGAACCAGCACAACCACUUCUUCCACUUCGAUGGAUCCCGAAUUGCCAGCUGGCUGCCCAGCUUCUCCGUGGAGGUGAUGCACACAACCAAUAUCCUGGGCAUCGCGCAGGCAAGCAACUCUCAGCUGAACGCCAUGGCCCAUCAGAUUCAGGAGAUGUUUCCCCAGGUCCCUUACCACCUCAUUUUGCAAGAUCUCCAGCUGACGCGUUCGGUGGAAAUAACAACGGACAACAUAUUGGAGGGGCGCAUCCAGGUGCCUUUCCCAACACAGCGUUCCGACGGCAUCAGGCCAGCUUUGAACAGCCCCUUAGAAAGGCACAGCACUGACCAGGAGGAUACGGAGGAACUCACUCAGCCCGAGAGAGUCCCACUGGAGCUCAAUUCACGGCUGGAAGAAGUGGUAGAAUUCAACGAGAUGGAAGCCGAGUCCCUCGAGACAGAAGACUUUGAAGUGCGAGGGAGCCGAUUCUCCAAGUCGGCCGACGAAAGGCAGCGGAUGUUAGUCCAGAGGAAGGAAGAUCUGCUGCAACAAGCCCGCAGGCGUUAUCUCAACAAAACCGACGAUGACGACGAUGUCAGCUUGGCCUCCGACUUCUCCCCGCAGACUGAUGGAGGAGCGUCCGACCCAGUCACUUUGCGCCGCCGGAUGUUGGCUGCGGCGGCCGAGCGGCGUCUUCAGAGGCAGCACCCGUCGUAACGCUCCCGGCCUCCUCCUGUUCCGACCAUUGACCCCAUUCAUUUUGGCUCCUUCUCCCAGUGAGGAGAGGCAUCGUCCCUUCCGAGCGGGGCCCUCUGUGCCGAGGACAAGGGAGCUGGCUGCUUCUUCUUCACUGUAUAAAAAAAGCAUGUGAUACCUAAUAAGUGUUUGGACAGCUGACAAAUUAACCUUUUUUCUGGGUAUUAUUCUUUCCCACACUUAGAGAGAGAGACACACACACACUUCCCCUGCGGCAAACGAAAAUAUUGAGAGACCCUGAGGUCUUAUUCUGCUUAAAUGUGAAUUGUAGGGGACUGUGGUUGACGAUCGCUGUCUUCCUUGGCUGCUUUUCAGCCAGUAUAUCCCACUUUAAGCUCUUCCAAAAAGAAAGAACGAGGAAGGAAGGAAACCUCAUUGCGGAGCUGUUGUGCAUCUUCCGGAUAGAUCCUUUUAAGGUUUUUGCAGGGUGUUUUAAGAUAAGAUUGGGUUUUCCCGAGUAUUGGGAGAGCCGGUAUAACUUUCACAAAGAAAUAAGCAAGAGCGAGUAAAAGUUUUGUUUGCAAAGUGAGCCAACCUCAUUGCAAAGCUGUCACCAAUCUUCCAGAAUU